CAGAAAACCCUAAAUAGAAAAAUCCCAAUUUGCUCCUGCAUAAUAUAACCACACUUUCUCUCUCACAUCAAUUUUCUCUCUCUAGAAGAAGAAGAAGAAGAAGAAGGCAUGUCGGACGAGGAGCACCACUUCGAGUCGAAGGCCGACGCCGGAGCUUCGAAGACCUAUCCUCAGCAGGCUGGCACCAUUCGCAAGAACGGUUACAUUGUCAUCAAAAACAGACCUUGCAAGGUUGUGGAGGUCUCAACUUCCAAAACUGGCAAGCAUGGUCAUGCUAAAUGUCAUUUCGUUGGAAUUGACAUUUUCAGUGGAAAAAAGCUUGAAGAUAUCGUUCCCUCUUCCCACAACUGUGAUGUUCCCCAUGUCAACCGCACUGACUACCAGCUGAUCGACAUUUCUGAGGAUGGAUUUGUGAGUCUGCUGACUGAGAAUGGUAAUACCAAGGAUGACCUAAGGCUUCCAACCGAUGAUAAUCUGCUCUCGCAGAUCAAGGAUGGAUUUGCUGACGGAAAAGACCUUGUUGUGUCUGUGAUGUCUGCCAUGGGAGAGGAGCAGAUCAACGCCCUUAAGGAUAUUGGCCCCAAGUAAAUUUCUCAAGUUAUAGACAAUGAUUGGGGCUUAAAAAUUUCAAAUUAUGGUAACUUACUAAGGGGUUUAAUAUGGGACACCAUUUUGUGGAACAUUCGGAUGGGAUGCUCCUCAACUAUUAAGAGAUACUUGUCUUUAUUAUCUAUUAAGGAUUGCAUAAUGGACGAUUUUGUUCUGUUA